UCGUGGAGUUGAAGAGGGCGAGGAGAGAGAGGGGGUCCGCAGCCUGGCCCAAGAGCCAGGGAGUUCCUCGGAGGAGGAACAGGUGCCCAUUACCGCUACGCUUCCCUCGUUUUCCCCUAUCUCGGCCUCCUGGUAGGCCCUCGUCGCCGCGGCUGGAUUCGCCUCGAAAUCCUGGUCAGAACGCACCCCGGCAGAGGUCCAGGGAGCAGCGGUAUCGGUACCUUCUGGUUUCCCCAGUUCCGACCCUCUUGCGGCCCGCUGCUUAUCGCACACCUCUGCAGCUGCGGUGCUGUGGACCACCUGGGCCUCAGCACAGCUUCCAAGAUGUCGGCGCCCGGGGGCGGCGCGCUGGCUGCGAAGUGCUCGUGCUGGAGUUGCUGCGACGGCAGCGCCGUGGGGCAGGAGACCGGCGAGGUCGCAGGGGCGACGCAGCAGCCGCACCUGCCCGAGUUGGAGGAGGUGGAAGUGACGGAGCGGAAGCAGGAGCGGUGGGAGGAGUGCGGCGGCCUUGAGCUCGCCCCCGUGCUCGGCAGCGGGGCGGUUGUCCUGGUGGACGCGGAGUGGGUGGUGGAGCGGGCGGGCUCCGGCGGAACCCUCGAGCCGCGCCAGGCCUUGCCGCCGACUGCGUUCAUGCCCCACAGCGGGGUCAAAGCUGCCACACCUGACGAAGAAGGCGUUGCGCCACUGCUGCACGUCGCUUGUAUCUCACACUGUUGGUUGCAAGCUAAUCACCCCGACCCUCACGGCCACAACCUGGGCAUCCUGAGCCGGGCUUUGCAGCUGCAGUUCGCAGAUAACAGUGAUGAUGGAAUUUGUUUCAAUGGCCGCUGGGCAGUGUUCGUGGAUUUCUGUUGCAUUCACCAGAAUUGCAGGGAUUGCGAGGGCUCCCCUCAGCGGUGCACGUAUCAGCGGCUCGAAGGUUCCGAGUGCUUUGAGGCCAACGCAAUCGGCAAAUUCGAGCGCGAGCGUAAGCUCUUCACGGAUGCCUUGGGCAGCCUUGGGAGUUUCUACUCCCACCCCGCCACAGUCGUAUUCAUGUUGACACGGUUCCCCGACGAUUACGACAAUUUUGCAAAAUACACCCGAUUUGGCAACAUUGCGCCUUAUUUCGACCGCGGCUGGUGUUUUUGCGAGUCCUCAUGGGCAAUGUUGACGAAACCUUCGUAUUUCUUGGUGGACCUCGGACGAGCCACUGGAGACGAGAUACGCUAUUAUGGCUUCGCUGACUGUUCGCUGAUGCACACGGGGUCCGCAGGGCGGAAGGCGCUGGCCUUGCCCGACGCCUUCGAAGCGGAGCUCCACAGCAAGGGCUUCACGAACGGCAAGGACGAUCGCCCACGGGUUGCCGAGCUGUACCGGUCGGCGUCCGCGCAGCGCUUCGAGUCCGCAGAGUCGCUGUUCUACGAGGUCCUGGGAUGGGGGGACGAGGAGGUCAGGCAGCUGGCCGUGGUGCUUGCUUCGGGCGCCCUGCCGCGGCUGCAGGCGCUCGACCUUUUUGGCAACCGCGUGGGGGACGAGGGCGCGGCCGCCCUGGCGGCGGCCCUCCGGGCCCCGGGCGCCCUGCCGAGCCUGCAGGUGCUCAACCUCACCAACACCGCGUGGGGGACGAGGGCGCGGCCGCCCUGGCGGCGGCCCUCCGGGCCCCGGGCGCCCUGCCGAGCCUGCAGGUGCUCGACCUCGGCGACAACUGCGUGGGGGCCGAGGGCGCGGCCGUCCUGGCGGCGGCCCUCCGGGCCCCGGGCGCCCUGCCGAGGCUGCAGCUGCUCCACCUCGGCGGCAACCGCGUGGGGGACGAGGGCGCGGCGGCGCUGCGCGCGGCGUGGGCCGCGGGCGGCCGCCCCGUAGACGGCAUGGGCGAGCUGGCGCAGGGCUCCUUCCGGAGGGGCCUGUAUCUCUGAGGGCUUGCUCCCCGCUCGGAGUCUCCGGAGCCCUCGCUGCCCUGCUCUCGUCAUCUCUCUCUCUCUCUCUCUCUCGUUCUCUUUCUCUGUCUCUUUCUCUUCCUUGUUUUUUGAUUUGUUUCUGUUUUGUUUUCUCUUGUUCUCUCUUGUUCUCUCUCUCUCUCUCUCUCUUU